UGGGCAGAGGUUAAUGAUUGUUUUCUCUUUACCAUAAAAUCCAAUGUGCCAGCAGCCGCAGCAGCCUCCAGUGGUGACUGCGGCUGACCCCCUCACACCAAGCACAAAGAGCCGAUCAUCAUGUCAGACGACUACUUCUGGUAUGAAGGGAUAGCUUUCCCUGUCGUCGAUUACAGCGCUGAAAUCCUAAGAAAAGUACGUGAGGAGUUUGUGCUGAAGGACGAGGAUGUAGUGACAGUGACUUACCCCAAAUCAGGAACACAUUGGUUGUCAGAGAUUCUCUGCCUGAUUCGAUCCAAGGGAGAUACCAAGUGGAUCCAAUCCGAGCCCCUCUGGGAGCGCUCACCCUGGGUAGACACUGAGCACGGGUUUACAUUACUAAAUAAGAAGGCAGGCCCACGCUUCCUCAACUCCCACCUGCCUGUCCAUCUCUUCCCCAAGUCUAUCUUCAGUUCCAAGGCCAAGGUGAUUUAUCUCAUCAGAAAUCCCAAAGAUAUUAUUGUGUCUGGUUAUUUUUUCUGGAAUUCAGUGCAUCUCGCUAAGAAACCAAAGUCAAUAGAACAGUAUCUCCAAUGGUUCGUGGAAGGAAACGUGAUAUAUGGGUCAUGGUUUGACCACGUUCAUGGCUGGGUGUCCAUGAGAGAGAGGGGAAACUUCCUGAUGCUGAGUUACGAAGAGCUGAAAUGGGACACAGAAAGAACCAUAGAGAAGAUCUGUCAAUUCCUGGGUAAGAAGAUGGAACCAGAAGAACUUAACUCAGUCAUCAAGAAUAGUUCCUUUCAGGUCAUGAAAGAAAACAAGAUGUCCAAUUUUUCCCUCCUGAGUGAUACUUACAUAGUUCACAAAGAACCACUUAUGAGAAAAGGCGUAACUGGGGACUGGAAAAAUUACUUCUCAGUGGCCCAAGCUGAAGCCUUUGAUAAACUAUUCAAGGAGAAGAUGGCAGAUCUUCCUAGAGAGUUGUUCCCUUGGGAAUAACGUCCAAAAAAUCCUGGAUCUCAUAUGGAUACUGAUAUUUGUCCUCCUGUCCCUGUACAUGUGUGUGACAGGGGGGUCAUGGCAGAAAAUUUAUUAUUUCAUCCUGGAGCCUUAAAAUAUCAAAUCUUUGUCUCUUUGACUCGACUUCCUUGUUAAAAAUGACCAUGGUACCCCCACGCAUGUCAUGGCAUCCCAGACUUUUUUAAAUGUUUGUAACAUUUCAAGCAUAUAGAAUGCUAUAAAAAUAAU